AUGGGGAACGCGCAAGGCCGCGAUAAGGGUCGCAGCAGCAUGGAAGGGCGGCCGGUGCCUGAGAGCGGGCGGCGAUUGGCGUCGCGACUUGGUCGGUCGCACUCCAACGACUCCAUGGGGAACAGCCCGCCUGACAGCCCUAGCGGCGCUGCGAGAUCUCCCCUCAUGUUCACUCCGCAGAUUCCCAUGGCUCCAAUUCCCAAGGCGGACGAGCUAUCGCUGGGGUCAGGCUUUGGUGGCUACGGUGGUGAUGGUGCGGGUGGGCCUGGGGCGGAUGGGGAGCAAGGUGUGCCGACACUCAUCACAUGGACACAUGGUGGCAACCAUGUCUCUGUGGAUGGUUCAUGGGACAACUGGACGACAAGGCAAGUCUUGCAGCGCGCCGGCAAGGAUUUCACAAUUGUGAAGAUGCUGCCUCCUGGGGUGUACCAGUACAAGUUCAUUGUGGAUGAUGUGUGGCGGUACGCUCCUGACCUUCCAGCAGUGUAUGAUGAAAUGGGAAACGUGAACAACGUUCUGGAAGUGCAGGAGUAUGUGCCAGAGAACCUUGACAAUGUAGCGGGAUUUGAGCCGCCUCGGUCUCCUGUCUCUAGCUACAAUGACCCUUUUCCUGUGCCUGAAGACUUUGCCAAAGAGCCUCCUCUUCUUCCUCCUCACCUUCAGCUCACCCUGCUGAAUGUUCCUGUUGCUGGUGACGCUCCCACGACAUUGCCUCGGCCACAGCAUGUCAUUCUGAACCACCUGGAUCAAGUGCUGCAUCAUUGA